CAACGCCCAUGCACGCAGUCGUCUCGUCGUGCGAGGAGCCCGAGAACGCGCGGCAGGUCGUCGACGCGCUGGCGAUGGCGUGCGCCAACCUCGACAUCAAGGACAACGAUGGCCACAGCAUCUUGGACGUGUGUGCCACUAAUGCGCUGCGCAAGCAGAUUGAAAAGGAAUUGCCUUCCGCGCCAACUUUCCGAUCCACUGCAUGGUCCGCAACGGCGACGAGGUGACGCUGCGGUCGUGGCUCGAGCACAUCAACGCCGAUGCGCUCGCAGCCGGGUCCGAGUGGAAGGGCCGGUACAGCCAAGGCGGCGUCUGGUCGGAUGCGAGCUUUACGGUCACAUGCUUUGUCGUGCCGGCCGAGAAGGAGUACGUCAAGUACCGCUUUGUCGGCGCCGGCACAGAUGCGAAUGGCCCGUACACGAUCUCGGGGUCAUGGCGCGACGACGACGGCAUCGAGAUGGUCAAGGCGUACUACAGCCAGCGCGUCGAGUACAACGGCAGCUUUGACCCGGACACGCGGCUCUUCACGGGGACGUAUGAGGCCGGCAACUCGGAAGGCCCGGUCGAGUUUCAACCGCCGCUUUGGCCAUGCAAGCAGUGCAAGGUGCUGAUGCCAGUCGAGAAUGCCGAAUGCGUCGAGUGUGCGGACGUGUCGCUCCAUGAAGAGAUCAAUGACGACUGGAUCGAAGACAAGCGGCUCGAGCUUGAAGAGUCCCUUGAGCGCAUCGCGGACGAGAUCAACAAGGAAGACGAAGAUGGCCGAACUGCCAUCAUGUGCGCGGCCAAGGAAGGCCACCCCAAGAUGCUCCAUAUUCUCUUGCCGUACUACAAGCGCGCCUGGCUAUCCAAGACGGACCACGAAGGGAAGACGGCGCUCGACCACGCGCUGAGCCGCAAGCUCGUGUGCAAGCGCAACGUGGAGAAGAAGACCAACGACGACACGUUCGAAUGCAUUGAGGUGCUCUGCAGCAUCGGCGGCCUCGUUGUGGACCCGCGCUCGAUCCCCAAGCGCAUGGCCUUUGAGAAGAAGCACCAAAAGUGCUUUGGCGACUGUGAAAAGACGGUCGAGGAAGUGAGCUUGCCGGCGCUCGCCCAAAACAGCAGCUGGGACGACAUUGAAGUGUAUUUAAAGGAGCCGCUCACGCCGAGCCUUCUGCACAAGCGCGACGAACACGGCAAGUCGAUUCUGCACCACAUUUGCGAGAACGGCAAGGCCGAGCUCUUUGCGCUGCUGCAGCGCCAGCCGCACUUUGACCGGGACCUCUGCACGAUGGACGGCGAGUUUCCGCUUUUACUUGCAGCCAACAAGUCCAACUUGAAGAUGGUCAAGUUGCUCCUGGACGCUGGCGCGGACCCGACCAAGAUGGUGACGCCCGCCCACACCGAUUACCAGAAUUUCCGCAAGAACCAGCUUGGACUCGUCGGCGAAGGCAAGUGCUUGACGUAUUUGCGCGCCAAGGCGGACCUCAAGAAGAAAUACCCGCUCUAUUACAUUGCGCGCGUCAAGACCUUGGCCGAGGCCGAAGAGCACAAGGCGGCCGAGCGGUCCGCGAUGCACGUGGCCGUGUUGCACAAGCUGCCGGUGCUCAUUGUGCAGGAGCUCAUCGACGAAGACCUCCAUGUCGUCCAUGCCAUGGACAAGAACAAGGAGUCGCCACUCUUUCUCGCGGCGCGGAUGGGCUUGGAAGACCACGUGGAUUGCCUCCUCCAGAACGACGCCGACGUCGACACGAUGAACCACGCGGGGCAGACGCCGCUCAUGGUGGCGGCGGUCGCGGGCCACGCCAAGAUCGUACAGCUCCUCCUCAACGGCCUUGCCGACAUUGACGUCGAAGACGACGACGGCAUGACAGUCCUCAAGCUGCUCGACCUGUGGCUCACAAAGAAUGUGCCCAAGGGCAAGGGCGUGACGAAGAAGGAGCAGAGCGCGUCGGCGCAAGCCAAGAUCAAGACGCUCAUUCUCAAGGAAGACCACGAGCGCGAGACGUCCGUGCAGUACCGCGAGAAGCUCGCGAGCUCGCUCGUGGACCUCAAUGUGGUUGACGCGUUCAAUGGCAACGGGUUUGCCAAGGCGAUCAACUGUUCGCCCGUGCUGGGACGCACGUUUCUCAAUGACUGCGUGACGAUGGACCGUCACUCGGUGCAUUUCACUAACAUGGGCGAGGUCUAUGGCGAGAAGGUCCGGAGCAGUGCGCUCUACUCGGUCCUCAACAUGAAGACGGACGACGAGGAUCUGAUUUACGAAGCGAAAACCGAGUGCCUCGAGCACGUGGUCAUGCGUCGCGUGCUUCAAAUCAAGUGGGAGCUCGUUGCGCAGCGCAAGUACCUCGAGAACCUCAUCAUGUACGGGCUCCUCCUCCUCACGAUGACGAUCUCGUCGAUCCUCUUCGACAAAGACUCGAUCAAAGCAGAAAAAACGAUCGUCAACCCGGUCGACUUGUGCCUCGUCGUUGGCGUCGUCGCCGUCGUGUUUGCUGCGACCGCCUUUGUCAUGGUGCAGUGGCUCCGCCCGCGCGCACUCUGGCGGCUAGCGCGCUUCAUGUACGACGGCAGCCUCGCGUUCGAACCGACGCUUGCGAUUCCGGACCUGCCGAGCUACAAGGAGACGGCCAAGAAGCGUCUUUUCGCCAUGACGCUUGUGCUCACGGGAGGCUUUUCGAUGCUGGCGUUGGCGACGGUUCUCGUGCUCGAUCUCAAGUCGUUCUUUCCAUUCUUCAACAACUGCGUGCUCGCCGCGUCGUCGCUCUACUUUAUCUUGACCGAAGCCCAAGAGUUCAAGGCGUCGGGCGUCGCGUACUUUGGCGACUUGACCAACUGCGCGCAGCUCUUUGUAUACCUCACCAUUGUCGCGUUCUACGUCCCGAUGAAGCUUGGUAUCUUUGGCGCGAUGGCACUCCCGAUCCCGAUCGGCUUUGGCGGCUUCCUCACGAUCUUCCUCUGGCUGCUCUCGAUCCAGUUCCUCGAGGUCGUCCCGACCGCCAGCUACCUCUUGCCGAUGAUCUCGAACCUCAUGGGCGACAUUUGGAACUUCUUCAUCCUCCUCGCGGUCUUCCAAGUCGGCAUCACGAUCACGUACUACCAGAUCUUCACCGGCCGCGACGACGAUGCGUUCGGGAGCCUCGCGCAGUCGUUCUACACGACGUACUUUAUUCUCUUUGGGAACCUGCCGACCGACUCGCUCGGGUCGUUUACGAGCUUUGAGAAGAGCGGCGAGCACUUUCUGUACCUCUUCACGGUCUUUUUGAUGAUGUUCCACGCGGCCGCGGUCGCGAUCAUCCUCAUGAACCUCCUCAUGGCCUCGAUGAACAAGACGGUCGACGGCGGCCUCGAGCGCGCGCACACGGAGGCGCUCGCAAGCUAUGCGCAGGCCAUUUUGCGCCUGGAGCUCAGCAUGAACUACAGCACGGAAGAAAACGUCGUGCUCAUGCACCUUGCACCCAACGCGCUCAACCCGAUCUUUACCGAGCCCGUCCAGAAGGCGCUCCUCAAGGUCACUUUGGAGCAAGAAGAGAUGAUCCAGAACCACAUUGACGCGACCGAGUCGUGGAAGGCCAAGGCCAACGAGCUGGAGACGGCCGUGCUCACAGCGUUCGACGUCUUCUUGCACGGCAUUGCGCACGUCGAGCACUUUACAAAGCUGCCGGCCAAGACGAUCUUGGCGAACGAGCUCCAGCAUGCGGGGAUCGCCCGGGCCAAGCUCGUACGCCACUUUGAAGAGGCGGCCAAGUGCCGCGGCCAGCAAGACCGUGUCGCGCUACUGCACAAGUACCAAAAGAUCGUGCGCAAGACCUUGUCGGACAUGGACAAGGCGCUCCACGACGUCUGGACGCCCGAUGUGGACGAGCCCACGCACCUCCGCUGCGUGCUGGCGUACCAGCUCGCGCACCAAGCUGACUUGCACGACGACAUUAUGGCGACGAGCACGGCGAUCGCGACCAUCUUUGACGACGCCAUUCGUGAAGCGACCGCGGACAAGCAGGAGGAGCCCAAGGCCAGUGACCUCCUCGCGUGUUUGAGCCAAGUGGACGCCAAGGGUGGCGCCGCCGCCGAUCAAAUCGACGAGAUGCGCCGCAAGCUCGAGGAGCUCAUGGUGAUGAUGGCUGCGAUCAAGCCGUCGGCGGGCUAGACACUGCACCAAACGAUUUUGAAUAUACACAUCUUGCCUGGGAA